CGGUCCGUACGGUGGCUGGCUUGCGGCGAAGCGGUGCCGUAUUUACAAGAGCCACCGCUGCCGCUAUGGCGGCAGAGCCGGCUAUAGCGCAGCGUACUGUGCGCGUCUCCGCAAAGCAACCGUGAGCGGUGCCCGACAACGCUGCUACUUGCAUUGCGUACCUCUCUGAAGGGACCGACCAGAGAGCUCGGAUGAAGCAGCCAUGAAGCUGAUUCGCUGGGUCGAGGUACACAUCGGCCGAUCACGCAGAAGGACAAAGAAGACACCCAAAAAGCAACAGGAGUCGCCCGGCUUCCCGUCGGAAAGCUGUCCUGCAGAGACCGGCUGUCGUGCCCACCUAGACGCGGAACCGCGAGCUAGCAGCCUACUUCCAGCAGGUAUCCGCACCAGCUCUCUGGCGUCACCAGCACGCCAGAGGAACCGCAUUAAGACAAACCCGUGGAUUGCGCCAAGCUCCUGCAGCUCGGCAGACUCCGGCUGGGCGGGAUCGCGUUCUUCCACCGACGGGGAUGACCCGACGGCCUCGAUGGGGUGCCUGCGCGCGGCCGAUGAUCUAUACCAGCUACCCGAGUCAGUGAGUCCCGCCCGUCGGGAGUUAACGGGUGGCAGUAGCGACGAUGAGGCCUACUCUGAGGACUUCCUUCAGUCCGAGGGAAGCAACGACGCGGCAGUGAAAACGCCGCAGACCGACUCGGCUUGUGGAAGCAGCUGCACCACGACGCCCCUGUCUGAGUGUUCCUCGCGGCUAACUGAGACGCUUGCCGACAAAGUACGCCGUCUGCAGGCCGACCGAGCUAUGGUCGAGCAGAAAAUGCUCGAGGCCCGUGUCGAGGAGCAGGCUUCGCGCUGUCAGAGGAUGCAACUCCACCGUGAAAUGAUGCAGCUUCGGAGGCUUACGCUUGUGCAUUCUUUGCAGGAGUUGCGAUCCGACCUCGAGCAGUGCGCAGCUUUCCGGAAGACCUUGUUUGAUGCUCGACGUUGAGAAGUGUUCGUGUACGUAGAACGGGCUCUGAGUCCGGCUAUGUCGUGGUAAUCUGGCUGGUAUGUAAGCGGAGACUGGCAGGUGACGGCGAUGCGACUUCCAAACGCAUUCUUACGUGCAGUGGAAACAACGUGCAGUGCCUGGACGGAAGAAAAUCGCAAGAUCAAAUCAUGUGGCUAAGUUUCACUCAUUUGAUAUGCUGGACAAGCAGUUCCUAAACGCAACACUGUUAUCACUGGAUGACCUAUCAGAUUUGAUUGCCUCACGAAUCGAUUUCCGCGCUAUUUUUGAAUACGUCAAGGCAGUUGCAGGUAGAUUCACUCUGUUAAAAAAUCGAGUAUUUGGGGAGUAUUUCUGCCACACAACUAUAAUCGUCCUCUGGCUUGCUCACGUUUCCUUUCUUGAAAACCCAGCGCUCACCACUUUACUAUAUCAAGAAUGCUGAGCCACGCUGAUAGCGCGCACGCCGUUCGCGACCGGAAAGUGCCUGGACCGCGGGGAUAACGCAAGGAAACAGGGGCGUAGCCAGGGGGGGGGGGGGGGGACCCCCCGAAAUUUUUCAAUUUCGCUUGCGUAUAUAUGCACGCACACAUACAAACGCACGCACGAACAUAUAUAAAGUAUGGUUGAACCCCCCCCCCCCCGAAAAAAAUUUAUGGCUACGCCCCUGCAAGAAAAGUACGCGAGGUAGAUGACGAUUAUAGUUGUGUGGCAUAAAUACUCCCCGAAUACUCUUUUUUUAACAGCGAAGGUGUUUAAACCGGCCAUAAAAGCUUUGGUGCGUACAAAUGUGUACAAAAAGAUACCACCAUCAUGAACGGGUGUGUGCCACAGCAAUCAGGCAAACUGGCCAACUAAAAAUGAAGAAAGCAACAGACGGGUGGCAAACACCAAUUAAGGUUUCUAGACAGGCGUAAGCAGUAAUGGAGAACAGCUCUAAUAAACCGUCGGGAUUAACCAAGUGAUACGUUUCAGCUUCGCUGAAGCAUUUGUACAGAGUGCUUCAGUGGUACGUACUGCAACGAGAGAGGGAGCGGUAAAGGCAACGGCGGCUGCGAGAAGACCCCAAAGCGAUUGAAGUAAUAAUAAAUGUUAGGUAAGUUUAAUCGUCCCAAAACCACGAUAUGAUUAUGAGAGACGCCGUAGUGGAGGGCUCCGGAAAUUUUGACCACCUGGGGUUCUUUAACGUGCACCUAAAUCUAAGUACACGGGCCUCUAGCAUUUUCGACAUGCUAGCACUUUCGCGAAUGACGGCGUGCCCGAAGAUGUAUGGGAGGUGCGAACACUCGGCUUCAGCGCGAGUUUCUGUAGUUUGGGCAUCGGUGUCGUGUUUGUGACGGUGUAACUCGAACCUCUCUGCGCUGUGAAGCAGCCUAGAAACGACCUAUAGCGUCACGCAUAUAAAGCCUAUCAAGUGUACUUAGAAGCAACCUAGCGUCACGUAGCUAAAGCCUAGAAGCAACCAGAAUCGUCCAGCUUCGCCGUUUGGCGCGAGCUGUCUAGCAGGUGUUGGUGGCAGUAGUCGAAAGGAAUUUGUUGCGGGUGUCAGUUCGGCGUUCACUGAGCGCUCUCGGAUGAAAUGCCAAGUGGUUGUGUGCCACUGUGCUCAAAACAUUCCAGGCAUGGUUGAAUUUUUCGAGAGACUCGAAAUGAAAAAAAAGAUAUACGCGGCCAGGAUUAAGCGCGACAAAUGUCAGCUUAGAAAAACAUCAUAUCUAUGCAGUGUAAGUAUUACUUCCCCGGAAUAAUUGUUUGUUGUGCCGGAGUUUUGUGACACGAGAGCGGUGACUGCAUGAAACAUAAUUUCCCUUAUAUUCUACGAUCGAGAGAAUGUUUCUUGAGGAAAAACCAAGUAAUUUAUCGGUUAGCCUAAUUACCAGCAGUGAGUUCAAACCGGCAUUAUGAUAAAUGCCCAGCUGGUGUGUGUCAGUAUGUUCAAAUCAGUCCAGGAAUGGUUGGAGACUGCUACAUUUUCCGAGAGACCCCAAAAAAUUGUCUAAUGGCAAGGAUCAAGCGCGGCAGCAAACGGUAGGGACACAAAAACGUUACCUAUAUGCAUUGUGUUGUUGUCAGCAACAUGAAGACAGUGUUGAAAACGGGAACCUACGUCAAGCAAGCAAGACAUGUGCAUGAGUGAGCUACAGUGAACUUUGAAAUCUUGUUUUGAUGUAGUUAGCCAUAAUUCAGACAUUUUGUUUAUUUCUUGUUGCCCAUUCUGAUGCAGAUUCUGCAUUAAGGAAACGCAGCUCACUAUUGCUGCCUGGCCCGAAAGGGUCGCUGCCCACGGGGAGCCACCCUGAGGACCGCGCCGUAUAUGUUGUCAGACUCGAUAUACUUGACGAUCCACAACCACGUUCACUACACACCCUUUAUUCUCCGCGCCACAUAUCCAACAUGUCCGACCCCCGCCUCGCUCCUCCCGUAGAGUUAAUGUAUAUGCUACCUUUGUACCAUAUACAGUAACUCUAUCCUCCCGUAUCCCCGCGCGCCCCCUCGCUGCUCGCCCGACACUCACGCCAUCUCGUUCCUCUGCCGUCCACCACACACAGCCUCCGAAACCCGCACCCAACGCACGCGCACUCCUCACUCCCUUAUCUCUCACAACUCUCCCCCCCCCCCCCCUUCAAAGUGUAAGUGUGAAUCCGUGGCGGAAGGGAGAAGUAAUGGUUCGUGGUACAGCGCUAACUGAUCAACAUGGGCGAUGGUUCGAUGACGUCCCGUUGCUGGGUCACUGAGGAUGAAGUCAUUUUCACCAAUCUGCUUGACCACACGAUAAGGUCCACCACGCCGCGGUGCCAACUUGGCUGAAACACCCUUGGCUGCAUCACUCAAAGUGUGAGUGUCCAAGAGCACAAGGUGCACCUUCUUUGAUGGUUGUUGACUGUCGAUGGCGAUCGUAACUUGACUUAACUGAGCCUGCCAGGCAGCUGCUUUAUGCUUCUUAGCAUACUUCAUGGCUUCUCCAAGACACUGCCUGAGUUCUGCAGCAAGCGCAUAUGGUGUGCUGCUUCUGGAGGCUUCGUGUCAUCCUUGUCGCCUGCAGGUUCCCACGGAGUGCGCAACUCUGAGGGAACCAGCGCUUUCCGCGGUGUGGGCAGUGCCGCCCUGGCGGUGAAAGCGCGCAUACUCCAGCCGCUCCCGCGGACGAGAGUGGCGACUGGUUGAGGCGAUGCGGGCGCGUAUCGCCGAAACAAAACUAAAGGAUGCUGGCGAUACUGUUGCUCAUUCAAGUGCCACAAUACGUAGAAAUGAAGGAGGAUGUAUUCUUCUGUGCUUUUCCUUCUAAAACAUACGAAUAGGAACGGAUGCGGCGUUGCAUCCCGGCAGUCAGGCGAGCACAGUACGUUCUGCUUUUGCUCUCCUGUCUAUAGUGGCGUCGGGCUGGUUUCUAAACCGAAUUGCGCGUCUCUGCUAGAUUUAUUGGAUAGUGAGGGCCACCACUGGAAACCGGGGCCAACGAGAAGAAUAUAAUCGGUGUUUUGUCGUAAAUAAAACAAAUAUUAUGCAGCAUGCGGCAUGUGUAACAAUCUUUUCAUCUCACUACCACCAAGCUCCUUCUGAUGCCACCGCGUGCAGUGAAUAUGAUACGAUAGGCAGGAAGUCUACAUUAUUUGCAAACAGUUACGCAGAAGGAAAGCUGUCUACGAGAUGCGUACGGGGGCACGGUCGCCGAAGCCGCUGAACUGUUAUGAUAAAUACGCACGCGAUGGAUGCCUCCGUUGAACUUCACUUGUGCUACAGACAGAGCUGUUGUCAUGAACAAAGCAGCGGACUACUCGAAGCUUAGCUUUCUGGAGUCAGCCGAUGCGGUAAAGCUUCUUUGUGCAUUGGCUGCCGCGGCGAAGUGACGUCGUAAUUUACGCCUCGCUAGAAAAGGGUCAAAUGUCUUGGAUUUUUACUCGCCGUUUAUUUCGCCUAACGUACGCGUACUGUUUUAGUUUUUUCGCUUGCCUGUGUCUGCUUAGAAAAAACGUGCUUGAUCAACAUCGACAAUUGCUGGCGUUUUACGUGCCAAACAAGGUAUGAUCAUGAGGCACGCCAUAGUGUGGAAAUCAGGAUUAAUUUUGACUGCUUGGCGUUCUUUAAUGUGGCGUUCUUUAAUCUCAGUACUCGGGUGUUUUUUGUAAUUCAACACAUCGAAAUACGGCCACCGUGGCCGAGAAUCUAUCCCGCGCCCUCGAGCAUAACAGCGCGACACCAUACAUGGUAUGGUGUCGCGCAACCACGGUGGUUUGCUUGAUCAACGUCCGCUUGUAAACAUACCGCGGGCUGGGCAUACAUACCACGGCAGAAAAACGUUCACGCAGAUACCCCUUGCCUCUAACGUUUUUUUUUUUGCUGCAGUAGUGUGCAGCUGGUAUCGACGCAGCACCUACUUAUCAAUGGAGGCUUGUGAGCCUGCACUAGCUUGACACAAAUCCCAGGACGCAAGCAGAGAAUGGUGACCGCCGAGUCGCCACCACGGCUCAGCACUGUCUCUACGACGCCGUAUGCACACACGUAGUCUGCUUUGCAGGGCUUGUCUCCGUUUUCCAGUGCUUUCGUGAGAAAGUAGCCUUCAGCCAAAGUUAAUUUUUUCUAAACCA